CACGGUCACUGUUGAAAUCCUAACACCGCUAGUAACUCGAAGUAUUCAAUAAUCUGGGAAGCUGUUUGCACUGAGACAUCUCGUAUCAAAACGAGCACAAACUACUCCGGGCGGUCUAGUAAACGGGUUUAAUUCACUGACGGGGUUUUAUUGACGAGCAGCGAUGAGCUUCUUCGGGUUUGGACAGAGUGCGGAGAUCGAUAUAGUCCUGAAUGACGCCGAGACGAGAAAGAAAGCUGAGCACAAGAGCGAAGACGGCAGGAAGGACAAGUAUUUUCUGUUUUAUGACGGAGAAACGGUGUCAGGAAAAGUCAACGUUACUCUGAAGUACCCGGGAAAGAGGCUGGAGCACAACGGCAUCAAGAUCGAGUUUAUCGGGCAGAUAGAGCUGUACUACGACAGAGGAAACCACCAUGAGUUUGUGUCUCUGGUCAAAGACUUGGCUCGACCAGGAGAGCUCACGCAGUCACAGACGUACGACUUUGAGUUCACACACGUAGAGAAACCCUACGAGUCGUACACCGGGCAGAACGUCAAGCUACGCUACUUUCUGAGGGCGACGGUGAGCCGGAGGCUGAACGACAUCAGCAAAGAGCUGGACAUCGUGGUCCACACACUCAGCACCUACCCUGAGCUCAACUCCUCUAUCAAGAUGGAAGUGGGCAUCGAGGACUGUCUGCACAUAGAGUUUGAAUACAACAAGUCCAAAUAUCAUCUAAAAGACGUCAUUGUAGGGAAGAUUUAUUUUCUGCUGGUGAGGAUUAAGAUCAAACACAUGGAGAUCGACAUCAUAAAGAGAGAGACGACAGGAACAGGACCCAACGUCUACCACGAGAACGACACCAUAGCCAAGUAUGAGAUCAUGGAUGGAGCGCCUGUCAGAGGAGAGUCGAUCCCCAUCAGGUUGUUUCUAGCCGGAUAUGAGAUGACGCCCACCAUGAGGGACAUCAACAAGAAAUUCUCAGUACGGUACUACCUCAACCUGGUCCUUAUAGACGAGGAGGAGAGACGCUACUUCAAACAGCAGGAGAUCACUCUGUGGAGGAAAGGAGACAUCGUGAGGAAGAGUAUGUCUCACCAAGCAGCCAUCGCCUCCCAGCGCUACGAGGGCCCCUCAAAUCCUGAGAGGACCCAGAACCAGAACAGCGAAGAGGACAGCUAAAGCCCCGCCCACACGUCACGUGUGUGUGAGCGAACACGGCGCAGAGUUAUCAGCUGAUUCUGAAUGUGAAUGUCCAUGUUUGCAUUGAGAUAGAAUGAGCUGCAGUGUUUUUAUGGACGUGAGUGUGAGUGUGAGUGUGAGUGCGCGCUAAGGGAAGAAACAGUCGGACCAGGCUCAGUCUACACUGACUAUGUGUUUGUUUUACCUACAUUGAAGUACCAGCUGGGUGGAGUUAGCCACAUCAUGAAUCUAUGUCAUAAACAAAGUGCACUCUUUAAAGUGCUUGACUUUACUUUUUUGGCAUUUAUUGUAGAGUUCAGUGUGGCAAACUCCACCCGAUAGAUGCACUUAAAUAUCAUGUGAAGAUCCCGUCUGACCAAUAUCAUGAAUCCCUGUCCAUGUGUGAGUGUGCCGCGAGCGCUGAGAUUACUUUUCUUCUUUCUCUGCAGGAACAUAGGGCCAUGCUGAAACUUCCGUCAUGCAGUAGAUUACUUUAAAAAAGUGUUAUAACUAAAUACUUGACACAUUAGCUGUAUAUAAGAUGUGGAUGUAGCCUUUUUGUUUGUGUUUUUGUCUUUGCUACCUUUCUUGAAGUUGUUAAGGGAAUAGGGAAACUCAAAGUUAUGAGAAACUAUCUUGUUUAAAAAGAUGCCUCUUUUAUCCAUUUACUGAGAUUAGGCUAAAGAACAAAAACAAAAUACAGCUUUUUUAUUCAAGAAAAGUUACAGUCAAACCCUUAGGGGAGUUUGUGUGCAUUUUACAUGCUUUUCAUUCUUAACUUAUUUUGGCUGUGUUCAUGUCUAUGGCACGAAUUUUGGCAAGAUUAUGUAUUUUUAUUUGAACUUGUUAUUUCCAGCUCAGCUCCUACAGCAAGGGUGUCCAAAGUAUGGCCCGGGGGCCAAAUGCGGCCAUCCAUUUUUGAUUGGCCUGCAGCAAAUUCUAGAGAUAAAAUGACAUAUGGCCCACAUUAUGGCCCACAUAAAACAUUAAGCUUGUGCGUAAUUGUACUGUACUUCUUGUUUUCAGCACAAGGCAGUACUACCAUGUUAAAUCUGUAAACAAACAUUUUGACAAGAAGAUAUCUUGAUUAAUAAUGUCCUGAUGUAUUAUCACAGCAAAUAACAGAAACAAUAACU